AUGUCAGCUUCACGAACACCACGCCAAAAGGGCACGCCCAAGCUCAAGAGGUCCAAAGAGAAGGAUGAGCGUGACUCUGAUUUCGUCGAUGCCGCCACCGACGAUGGCUCGGAGUCAGAUUUCGAAACGAGCCUUCCGACCACAACCAAGACUGCGCGAACGACGAAGACGAAGACCAAGAUUGCACCCCAGACCAAGACUAAGACAGAGCCCAAAACAGCUGCCUCCAAGUCUUCUAGCAAAAAGCCCACCGGAGCGCGACCCAGGAAGCGGGUCAAAAUAUCCGUCGCCGACCCAUUGCUAGCCGCCACAGUAGCAGCAAAAAUCAGCUUGCAGAAGUUGGAGUUCGAGAAUCCCAACAUUGACUUGAACGAUGACGUAACUGUGUAUGGUCAGUUCCUCAAAGCCAUCAAAGAUUUUGGGCUUCAGUCGCACCCAGGAAAGCCACACGUGUACACUCCCGUAUACAAUAGUACGAGCACCCACAUACUCGACAUGCCCCUGUACGAUGAAGCCAACCGCUUCUAUGUGUUGCUGGAGAGUGAAGUUUCUCUGUACGACCAUGCUUUGACUGAUGGCAGUUCCUCGAAGUGUUGGCGGCUACAAGCCCAGAACAUUCGCGACCCGGGGUCUGAGCCCAUCGACUUAUUUGUUCAGCCUUCUAUUGUGUCUCCUCUGGGUUCUUGUCCGACAUGCAUAACAAGGAACAACACAGGAGUGCAGUCCGAAGUUAUGUGCAGUAGGCAAAAUCCAUGCUACCACUGCGUCAAACAGAACCUGGGUCCUCAGUGCACUGCGAUGCUCGCUCUUGAACGCCAACAAGGACCAAACAUCAUCACGGAGCUAUUCUGCAAAGAUCGCAACCUGGUUAUCCAACUGGGCAAGAUUAAAGUGGAUGCCAUGAACAGGAUGCCAGAGACUCUGCCUGCACCUCAGAGAUCGAUAGUGGCGUCCUCCGCACACUUUAUAAUGCAUAGCAUUUGGAUCUUCAUUGACAUAGCGAGUCUCGUUCGAUGGAAGCAAUUACACAAUCCGACAGUCCAUCUCGGUGAACUCAACCUGCGAAGGAACGGAAGAGUCGUGUCAAUGUGGAGUGCACAACAUUAUGGAGCUCCGAUGCCUUGGAAGAGAAACCAGAACCAAGUCAAAUCAAACAUGAUCAAAGUCAUGUGGACACCUACCAUCUACCCCUACUCUGGCCCAACCCACACUUCGAACCCAUCCAAAACCAUACCCUUGCUCAUAUCAGCGGUUCAGAAGAUGGAUGCGCAGAAAGUGGCAGCAUGCACAGACCUCCGCACCUACGCCAUGUUCGGUACACCCGAUGACACCAUCACGACAGAUUUAGGAAAGGAGGCUGUGCGCAUCGGUCAAGAAAUCGCGUAUCAGCUUGUUGGUCACAUAGGAUCGCAUCCGGCUCUCCGCGCUGUCAUCGAUAACAAGAAGAAGUCUUUCCAAGCAUCUGGCGAUAUGCAUGCAUACCGAGGACCAAAGAAGGGAAAUGGUCCUUACAACGGGGUUCGAAUAUGGGGUUUUCCAUACAAAAAUGUCUGGGGCGUCAUCCAAAUCCGUCCAACCCUGAAAGUGAUGGAGGGUUUGAGUGACGAAGUCAACCACACUUGGGCCCUUCGCACCCUCAUCGACGACAAGGUAUGUCUUGCAUACAUCAUGCAAUCAUCACUGGUGGCACUCGCACAGGGCCAUGAUCUUGUCAAUGUGGUAUUCUCGGCUUUCUUAGCGGCUGAGUACAUCGAAACUGGCGUCCUUACGAGGGACGAUAUUCUCGACAGCUACUGCGCUUGCGAGGAUGAGGCCAUGCGUGCUACUACGGACCAUCAUUGCAUGUGGUGCUUUGCCAUAGCCACAUGUUCACAGACCGCCAGGAAGAUUGUUGACGGGAGUGUCCUCGUGGUUUGUCAACAAUGCAUCGGGCAAUCAGACACUGUCCAGAUUUUCAGGCCGCAUGACUUUCUAGUUCGCAUUGCUUCUAACUGUCGCAGUCAUCUCGAGAAAGAGAAAAAGUAUGGGAUGGUGCAUACUUGGACCUCCACAGAAUUGGUGAAGGCUAUGCAAGACAAAUUUAUUACGCCAGGGAACUCAGAUGAGUGGAAGGACGGCUACUCUGGAGUUAUGAUUCCUUUCAAGGCCCAGACACAUGAUCCGACGUCGAAGUUGUACAGGUUCGGUGCUCGAAAACAUCCGCAUGGUAUUUCGAUUGAGAAGCCUCACCCUUUAUGGGUCGAUGAUGAUGGCAACAAGUCAAUGCAUGGCCCGGAGAAUUGCAUCUUCACCAAGGAUUGCAUCAAUCGUCUGAAGGGUACUUUCGGGCCCUCUAUCCUUCCACUGCUCAAGAAAUCCCUGCAGCUCAAGAAGCGUUUCGAUGCGGACCCAGCGUGUCGACGGUACAUGCCAGAUGUUGUAGAAGAAUGGAAUGUCAUCGAGCGUGCCUACGAUAACCAGAGAAUGAUCAGCAUGCUGAAUGACUUAAGCAUCCGCGCGCGCAUAGAAUCGAAAAUGCCUGAUGAUCGACUUCGCCAGGUGAUAGCAAUGGAGAGGAGCGGGAUGUGGGAUGGCAAUCUCUUGCCGUCGCCUGACAGACUCCGAAGAGCAUUCAUCAUGAGGGGUGAUCGGUUUGCGAGCUUUCCAGCUACGUUUCGUCAGUCUUAUCCAAUGUGGACGAAAGAGGAGUGUGAGAUCAUACUCGGUUGUAUCUCACAGAUCCAGAAUGAUCGAUCAACCGACGGCAUGAAUCGCCACAAUCUUGUUCUACCUCGACUUGGCAAGAACAAGAUCCCCUGGCCGUGGCGAGAAGACGGCUGUCCAGAAGACGCUGACAUGGGUUUAUUGUUCCGAGAAUUUGCUGGGCGACUCCACACGAUGGCAACUCUUUGCAACAGAAAACAUACGACAAAUGAAUCUCCAGCCACUCUAUUCAUAGAGACUAUUGUUCAAUGGUUCGAAAAAGGUGGGAAAUGCCAUAUCUUUGGGUUCGUCAUGACCCCCUUCAUUGGACACCCGACCAACUACUCAUUCGGACGCGGUCGUGUGCAACACAUGCCGGAUGGUAAAUUGCGCUAUAUCCAAGCCGGUGAACCAAUGAAGACUGGAUGCAAGACUCUGCUGCCGAAAGACAUGGUCACUGAUUACGAUAUCUCGCGACGCACUAUUUCAGUCGAGUCAUGGAGGGCCAACACACUGGAAUUUUGUUAUGAGAAUAGCGAAGUUCUGAUGGACCUUCUAGAAAAGGCUGUUCUCGAUCUACAAGACGAAUGUGCAUGGUACGGACCAGUUGGCGGCAAGGACGAUUAUCAAUACGUACCCAUGCCCAAGACCAAGAGCAAGGUCAAGUGGGCGGCAGCCAUGAUGCAGAACAGUGUUGGUGUCGAACUCACUGCUCCCGAUACCUCGGAACACGAGCUUGAUGAAGAAGAAGAUGAAGAGGUCGUCACGCUUUCGGAAAACCACGCACUAGUCCGUGCCGUUCAAGAAACAGGAGAUAUCAAGCCACAAGACGAAGCUUCAAUGUCGACGACAUCAACGCCUGGCGAGGGAGUCGAAGGAAUGUUCGCCAAUGAUGUUAAUAUCAUCUCUGAGAUGAACGUCGAUCCUGAGAUCAAAAAACAGUUCACAGAUAUGCUGAAUCGAUACAAAACUGCGAUGCACAAAAGCACGGAUUCCGGCAUUUCAUCUUCUCGCCAGAUUGCAGAGGAUGCGCAUGUUACUUCCAGCUCCAGAGAAGAUCAAGUGGAAACUUCACGUCGACAAGGAAUGCUCGAAGGCAAGUACGAAGUCUACUCUGACAUAUACUCGCGUGAUCCCGAAGGCCUUGGUGAAAAAGUGGCCCACUGCUUGGAGAACAUGAAAAUUGCAGCGGAAGAUGGAGAUGUCGGCGGCUUCAAGAAGGCUGAAGAGAUGUUCAAGUACCAGUUGCCACUCAUGUUUCCUUGA